ACGGCCUUGUUCAAUCUCCAAUCACUUGUAUUGGUGAUUCUCUUGCUUAUCUGCACCAGCACCUAUGCGCACUCGAUCAUGCCCGGAAUCAUGGAUCGCAACCAGAACGGGCUGUUUGGGAUAUUCUGGAAAUGCGCACGUAUCGGAGAACGACUCAGUCCAUAUGUUAGCAUAUGCUGCUUUCUGAUGGCAGUAAGACUCACACCUAUCACUCAUUUGGAAGGAGGAUGA